AUGAUGAAAGUGGCAGGAACCGCGGCCAAGAAAACUGGCAAGAAGGCAGCAAAGAAAACUGGGAAAAAAGUGGCAAAGACUCAAGCCAAGAAAGCCGGAAAGAAAGCGGUGAAGAAGCAAGCCAAGAAACAAGUAAAAAUACAGGCAAAGAAACAGGCAAAGAAGCACGCAAAAAAGCACGCAAAAAAGCAAGUCAAAAAGCAAGUGAAGAAAAAGGCAAAGAAAAAAGUGAAACAGAAAGCGAAGAAGAAGGUCAAGGACAAAGCAAAAAAGAAAGUCAAAGACAAAGCCAAAAAGAAAGUAAAGGACAAAGCAAAAAAGAAGGCCAAAGACAAGGCAAAAAAGAAGGUCAAGGACAAAGCGAAGAAGAAAGUCAAGAAAAAGGCAAAGAAAAAAGUGAAGGAUAAGACCAAGAAAAGCGUCAAGAAAAAAGUGAAGAAGAAAAUAAAAGAGAAGGCUAAGGAACAAGUGGAAGAUAUGAUAGAGGAUUUGAAGGACGAUGCCUUGGAUGAAAUACAGAAUGCUGCUGAAGAUUUUAUUCGAUUUCAGUUGGAGACAAGACUCGGUGGACAACAUCAAGACGAUCAGGGAGAUAGCUCGAGUGAUUGGACUGAUUAUAGCGAUGGGGAAGACCCGGAUGGUCAAGGGAAGAAAAGAAAAGGCACGAGUAGCAAGAAUCAAAGACGAAGGAAAUCCGUAAAGAUCUUCGAACAGGACAUACCAGAUACAGGUCGGUUUAAAGAGGAGGGACCAGGGCUCAUAAAGGGUAUUCUCAAGAUUGUCUUCUUCAUCAUCUGGAAGAUAUUAACUUGUUUCUGCUGGUGUCUCUGCAAAUGCCUCAAAAUGGUCUUUCGAGAUCGGACGCCUGCUGAAGCUAAGUGUUGCUGGAAGUGGUGCUGUGUUCCCGGCUCAUAUCCUAAUACUCUGGGCAAGAACAUUGGCGGAUUUCUCUCUGGGUGCAUACUUGCUUUCAUCUUCUACUUCAUCUUUAUCUUCAUCAUUGGUUAUGACUGGAAAAGGGCGCUCACAACCACUUCUAUUCUUGGAUUCAUAUUUUGUUUUGGAUUGGCCUUUUCUUCGAGGGUGCGGUGUAUAGUUAUGCUCAUGCUGCCGCAAUUCUUUACAGGCAAAGGACGCGUGAUUCUGAUGGCGUAUGGCUACAUCCUUCUUCUCGGUGGACCUCUGGCAAACCUUACCUACAACCUAGAUGCAGCCAGCAGGGCCCAAGCUUGUGGAAGAGCCCUAGCCAUGAACCAAUCAUCCACCAUCUUUCAGAUUGUCACAUCCCCUCUAUCCGGUAUCGUUGAUGGUGUAAAGGACAUGAUAGAGACAGUGAAGACGCUGGUUAAAAAGGCCCAUGAUGCAUUCAUGGCGCUUGUUGACGCUGUUAAAGCUAUCGGUGAUGCGAUCCAAGCUUUCUUUGAUUGGUUAGAUGGCAUGGUGGAUAGAUGUAAUGAGAGAAUGGGCAGACCAAGGGAUAUAUGCUACGAUAAGUUCGAGGAAGGAGAAAGGAAAUGCAGGAAAAAGGGGCUAACAUUUGUCUGCAACAUCGUUGAUCUGACAAGUAAACUUUGUGAGGUUGCUGCCAUGGGCCAGCUUCUCUGUUUUUUCCCGAUGUUACUCAACUUAGUUGUUACCAAGGCAACAACAGCCUUCGACGUAGCCGUGGAAAAGUUAGAGGAACAGUUUUACGUCGAUUUUGAGUUCACGCACGAAUUCUCUCUCAACCGAAACUUCUCGAAGUCAGCUGAUGAUAUCAAAGAAGCUAUAAUGGAGGAGAUUGGAGGAAGGACCUCAACCAUCAGAACAGUCCUUUAUUGGGUUAACUACUUUCUAUCUUUUACUGUCGCAUUCCUCUUUCUAAAAGCAAUGAAGUACAGAGCAAGUUACCUGACAAAGGAUAAAUUCGACAACGUAUACAUCACGGAUCAGUUUGUGAGAUUGGAAGAAAAACGUCGGGCAAGGAAAAAAUUUACUUUGUUUCCACUCACCGACCGAGAAACGCGAUAUUAUGUUAGACCUUUCUCGCUCCGUCUGGCGAAGAGUGAACGUAAGAAGAUGUUUAGAGGAUUAGUGAUGUGGUUCUACCAAGCAGGUUAUGCUCUAAUGCUCGUAUCUGCAGAUGUAUCUGCAUUCUCUUUCCUAACUGUCAUUCGUGAAAAGGUCGAGAUGAGCGUAAAGCAAGGAUUGCCAGGAACUGUGCAUCUGAUUGUACAAGGGGAUGGAUUACUCUCGGAUGUCUACAGAGUCUUGGUCAAGGCUCUUGAUCCUGCCUCCCAUGCUAAUAUCACCAUAGAUACAACAAAGUGUCUACCAGCGGCAAAUCCUCCCGAUCUAUUCUCAUACUAUCAAAUAGGGGGCAUAUUUCUUGUGUGCCUUCUGCUGGUACUGACCGAAUCUUACGGCCGAAGACUUCGCCGGGUUGCCGCUGCAUACUACUACCCUGAGAGGGAGAAACUGCGAGUAGUAUGGCUGUACAACCAUAUCAUGAGGAAACGUGGUGGUUUGGUGGAAGCUCUUAAAAUGAAGUUUCAGAGACAGGGGCCAGACAAGACACAGGAAAAUAUUGGAUUCAGGAGCAAGUUGGCAUCCAGUUACCGUAUUUGUCGAUUGUUUCUCGGCCUCUGUGGGUAUGAUCGAAAGUUUUGUAUUGAGUGUGGACUUCCCGGAAAACCAGAUGAUCAAACAAACUUCAGGGACUGUGGCACUCCAGAUUGCAAUGCUAUCUACUGUUUAGAAUGCAUUGCUGAGAUCAACAACAUGUGCACGUUAUGCAUGGGACCAGUGGAGUAUAUUGAAUAUUCAGACUUCAGCGAAGAAAAAGAUUCAAGUGAUGAUGACUACGCAUAUAGGAGAAAUCAUGUCUCUAAUACUGAUUACCAAGAAGACAACCAAUACCUUCUUGGAGAUCAGUACGAACAUGAUGAUGGUUUUGGUGUACCUGAUUACGGAGACUACACGAUACACAUUGAUGGUGACGAUGACGAAUUCAUCGCUGAUGGGGACGACGAUGACGAAUAUGAAGAUAUUGAUGAUGACAACGCUGUAUACGAAGACUUUAACGUGGAAUACUAUGACCAUGAAUAUGUGUGAGAAAACUUGGAAAAGAUAUGAGCUAGGAUUAGCUGGACUUGGACAGUAAGCUUAGAAUUGAUCCGUCCGAAAUCAAAUGUAGAUCGAGGAUCAUGUUAGUUUGUACUUGUCUCAUUAUAGUAAUCUGGGGAGCGUUACAUCAACAUUUUCGUCCGAAAAGUUUUAAAGUCUGACAACUUUCCUUGACUAUGAUUGGCUAAG